GUAAAAGGAAGUAAUACAAAAUAAAUUAAAAUCGAUUAAGUAGUAAGAAUAAUUACAAGAUGGUGAGCACACGUCAAAACUAGAUUUUGCAACUGAGUGCAACAGUUUAAGAAAUUUCUGAAUUAGUACUAAACAAGAAAUUAUUGAAGGAUUGUCAGUUGAUUUUAUGUUUUAUUUUGCAUUCUAAGUAAGAUUGCUGUAGGAUUUACUCACUUUGGAUUAGAGGGAAGGGGAGAAGUUGAUUCAGUAAAAGAGAUUUGAUAAUGUCAAAUAGCAAGAUUGUGCAACUGAGAUGGGGGAUUAGAAUAUGGAUUCAGAUGUUAUGGAAAGAGGUGUCAGAAACAUUCAGAAAUUGAUGAAAGUGGUAAAGGGAUUAUAAUUUUGA